CUCGGGGCACUGCCGCACUGCAGACCGUAGAUGCUGUUGGGUUCUUAUGGAAUUCAUGUUACAACGAUGAAUUCGAGAUUUCUGCACCACCAGAGAUGAACUGUCGGUGAGGAGCAGCUGAAGAAAGACAGCCGAUAGACCAGCUGCAUCUUAUCUCUAGCGCAGACAGACUGAGUGGCCAGGUCAGCUCUACUCCAAGCCGGUCCGGCCGGAUUCAUAGGUGAGGUCAGAAGUGAGACUGGUCCCCAAAACAAUUGCUGUUGAGGUGCCGAGGCGGGUGGUUGAGAGCAGGGGUGUGUCGGCCGAUUGGCGUGCGUUGAGCUUUGGCCCGUCUAAGAGUCCAAGACGGAACGGGCAAGCACUGCCAACAACUCGGGAUUCCCCCUUGUCUCCCCCAACCAUUGGAGCUUUAUCGGGGUCCUGUCUUUGGGUCCUUUUUUUUCUUUCUUUCUUGUCUUUCUUCUUCGACAACAAAAACAUCAACGACAUUGUCGUCGCUGCCAUCGUCAUAUCCUUCCUUCAUUGCCACAGCCUCAUCUCCGUGUUCUUAGUCGGGAGCCGCCUUCUCUGCUGCGUUGCAAGCCGCUCAAAUCAUAUUCCGGGUCGCCUCUACCACUGCUCAGCAUCAUCAGCAACAACCUGACUCCCUAGCUUCCAGCCAAUCCGCCCUUUCUUGUAACCUGGGCUGCCCCUCCUCGACCUUGCCCACCCCCCCGUUUCCACACCUUCCAAAUACCCACCUCUCAUCACACCCACACACCCGCCGUCCGGACAUUCUCCCGUCCUCCGCAAACUUUACUCUCUCUCUCUCCUCUCUCUUUCUGAUCUUGCGACGAAGCACCCUUUUCCCUUGGUCAGGGCCCCUAUCACAGCAACAUCCACCAAGUCAUGUCCGCCGCUAUUGCCUCCUCUCUCCCGGCUUCCGAGCCUCCCAAGCUCGAGAAGAAGCCCAUCAAGUUUUCCAACUUGCUCUUGGGCGCCGGUUUGAACCUGUUCGAGGUCACCUCCCUCGGCCAGCCCCUGGAGGUCAUCAAGACCACCAUGGCGGCGAACCGAGGUGAUGGUUUCGGAGCUGCUCUUGGCCGCAUUUGGAACCGUGGUGGUGUUUUCGGCUUUUACCAAGGUCUCAUUCCCUGGGCCUGGAUCGAAGCCUCCACCAAGGGCGCCGUCCUUCUCUUUGUCGCUUCCGAGGCCGAGUACUAUGCCCGCGCUGCCGGCGCCGGCGAGUUCGGCGGUGGCAUUUUCGGUGGUGUGACGGGUGGUGUUGCGCAGGCGUACGCUACUAUGGGUUUCUGCACCUGCAUGAAGACGGUGGAGAUCACCAAGCACAAGAUGGCUUCCACCGGCCAAAAGGCUCCCGGCACCUGGGCCACCUUCAUGGACAUCUACCGCCGCGAAGGCAUCAGAGGUAUCAACAAGGGUGUCAACGCUGUUGCGAUUCGCCAGAUGACCAACUGGGGUUCUCGCUUCGGUCUGAGCCGUCUCGCUGAGCAGGGCAUCAGGGAUCUCACCGGCAAAAAGGAGGGUGAGAAGCUGAGCGCUGUGGAGAAGAUCAUUGCCUCGGCGCUGGGUGGUGGUUUGUCGGCCUGGAACCAGCCUAUCGAGGUUAUCCGCGUCGAGAUGCAGAGCAAGAAGGAAGAUCCCAACCGCCCCAAGAAGAUGACGGUCGGGAAUACCUUCAAGUAUAUUUACGAGACGAACGGGCUCAAGGGUCUGUACCGCGGUGUGACGCCCCGUAUUGGAUUGGGCGUCUGGCAGACGGUUUGCAUGGUCGCCAUGGGUGACAUGGCAAAGACGUAUGUCGAGAAGCUGACUGGCGAGGCCGUCACCGCUAAGCAUUAGAUGGCGUUUUGAUGGGUUUUUUCAUAUAAUUGCAUCAGGGCUCUACUACUACAUACACACAUCGUUUAUAUCACUUAGAAUGGAUCGGGAUCGGAUCAGGUUAGGCGGUCGGUCGGUUGGUCGGACAACUUACUACUGGUCGGGUAACGGUCAGGUCAUCUGGUUUUGCGCUUUUUCGGUGGGGAGGGUUCCAUAAAAUCAACAGAGAUGUUUGGUUGUUUGUUUCAUGAUGCGUUGCGUUCAGUCUUGGGGAUAGUGGGGUGGUAAUGAUAUAUGUGUUGGUUGAUGUUUGCUUGUCUUGAUGUUGCUGUUGUGUGAUUUUUUGCCUUGAAUUGCUUGCUGUCGAUCUUUUUGAGGUGUAGUGGCAUGUGAUACAAAAAGCGAGCUGGUAUGGCAGUUGCACAUUCUUGGACUUGGCAGGUUGGACACCAACAUAAGCGGGCGAUGAAGUGGAAUAUAUAUAUGGUGGCUAUGGAGUCUGGUUGGGUGAUAGAUGAAUAUAGAUAUCAUUGGAUAUCAUAUAAGCAUGUUACCUUUGACCUUGCAUCAUUAUCCCUUCGAACAUCAAAUACUGCAGGCACAAUGAUAUCCACAUGGAGAGACAUUCUGUCCUCUUUUCAUUCU